AUGCGGCGGCUGUGCCGGGGCCGCCUGCUGGGCAUCUCGGUGGCCAUCGCGCACGGGGUCUUCUCGGGCUCCCUCAACAUCCUCCUCAAGUUCCUGCUGAGCCGCUACCAGUUCUCCUUCCUGACCCUGGUGCAGUGCCUGACCAGCUCCGCCGCGGCGCUGAGCCUGGAGCUGCUGCGGCGCCUCGGGCUCAUCGCGGUGCCCCCGUUCGGCCCGAGCCUGGCGCGCUCCUUCGCGGCGGUCACCGUGCUCUCCACGCUGCAGUCCAGCCUCACGCUCUGGUCGCUGCGCGGCCUCAGCCUGCCCAUGUACGUGGUCUUCAAGCGCUGCCUGCCCCUGGUCACCAUGCUCAUCGGCGUGCUGGUGCUCAAGAACGGCGCGCCCUCGCCCGGGGUGCUGGCCGCCGUGCUCAUCACCACCUGCGGCGCCGCCCUGGCAGGAGCCGGCGACCUGACGGGCGACCCCCUGGGCUACGUGACGGGCGUGCUGGCGGUGCUGGUGCACGCCGCCUACCUGGUGCUCAUCCAGAAGGCGAGCGCCGACACCCGGCACGGGCCGCUCACGGCGCAGUACGCCAUCGCCAUCUCCGCCACCCCGCUGCUGGUGGUCCUGUCCUUCGCCAGCACCGACGCCAUCCACGUGUGGGCCUUCCCCGGCUGGAAGGACCCCGCGAUGGUCUGCAUCUUCGCGGCCUGCGUCCUGAUCGGCUGCGCCAUGAACUUCACCACGCUGCACUGCACCUACAUCAACUCGGCCGUGACCACCAGCUUCGUGGGCGUGGUGAAGAGCAUCGCCACCAUCACGGUGGGCAUGGUGGCCUUCAGCGACGUGGCGCCCACCUCCCUCUUCAUCGCCGGCGUCGUGGUGAACACCCUGGGCUCCGUCAUCUACUGCGUGGCCAAAUUCCUGGAGACCAGAAAGCGGAGCAGCUACGAGGACCUGGAGACGCAGCAGCCGCAGGGGGAGGAGGCACAGCCAGGUGGAGACCAGCUGCCUUUUGUCAUGGAGGAGCUGCCGCAGGAUGAGGAGGAGGAGGUAGCUGGCGGGGCAGAAGGUGGAAAGGUAGCAGGUGGCUCCGCUCAGCAAAGGGGGCGAGGGGUGAGGGGCAGCCCUGGAGGAGUUCCGCUGGCGCCUGGUGCCUGGCAGAUUGCAGACAGCUCUGAAGAAGCCAGCAGAAAGUCACUGAGGGAUGCUUACCUGGUAGUGUGGAGGCUAGUCAGGGGAACCAAGUAUACAAAGAAGGAUUAUUUGGUGGAAAAUGAGGAGUUGCCCAGUCCUUGA